UAAAUUAAAGCAAGUAAACAAAUAAAAAAGAAAAAAAAAAAAGGAAAAGACGAGGAAACCCUAGCAGGAUCUCUUUCCUUCCUUCCCUUUCUCGUUCAGCACCUGCCGGCCGCUUUCUCCAUCGUUUUUCUUCUCUCUCCGGCGAAAACAUCAGCGACUUCGCCGUCUCCUCCUUCCGGCGACAAAAAUCUCAGAGCAACGAGGAUAAAACCCAGACCACGUUAUCUCCUGCAGCGUGAGCCAGCGAAACCAACGACCUCCGGCGACCUCGCAAAUACCCUGCGUUCCUUUCGAAAAGUCAGGAAAGAAAAUGGUCUCUGGGUUGAUAAAUGCAAAUCCAGUUGUAUACCAAAAGAAAGAGCGGCGGGCUCGAAACGCUCCAUGUGAUAGUGAUGAAUAUGCAGUGGAGCCCAUUGAUCAGUUGGAAAUUUUUGAUCAUAUUAGAGAUAUUAAAGAUCCUGAGCACCCUUACUCUUUAGAGGAGCUUAAAGUAAUAACAGAAGAUGCAGUUGAAGUAGAUGAUGGGCUUAGUUAUGUGAGAGUUACCUUUACUCCAACUGUUGAACAUUGUAGUAUGGCAACAAUUAUUGGUUUGUGCUUAAGAGUGAAACUUAUGAGGAGCCUCCCUUCUCGGUACAAGGUGGACAUUAGGGUAGCUCCUGGAUCCCAUGCUACUGAAGCUGCAGUAAAUAAACAACUUAAUGACAAAGAAAGAGUCGCAGCAGCACUAGAAAAUCCAAAUCUAUUAGAUAUGGUUGAUGAAUGCUUGGCUCCAUCUUAUAGUUGAUUAAGUUGGGAUUGACAAAUGCAGUUAAGAUCAAUAAUCAUCUGAAAUCCAAUCUCACGGAAGCUUUUUGGUCUCUUUUAUGAAUAUAUGUAUUAUACGAGUUUAGAAAUAAAAUGUUCUGAAAAUUUUCUGGAUCAUUUUCUCUGAAUCAGUAGGAUACAACCAUAUAGAUAUCUCAUCAAAGGGUUAGCUGCACUUGGAUUCUUUAUUACAUAGGGUUGUAUUUUAUUAUUAUGAUUAUUUUAUUGCAUUUAUUAUCGAAGAGCUUUCCUCA